CUCGCCUCAAUCGUCGCAACCAUGUCGGACCCUCGGGAUAUGUGGAAGAACCUGCAGAAGAGCUUGGAGCAAGCCCAGAAGUCGGGAAGAAAAUUCGGAGCCGGCGGCCCUACACCCAACCCCAGAGGCGCUCUCGGUGGCAUCGCUGUCAUCGCCCUCGGUCUGGGCGGUGUCUACCUCUUCAACAACGCCCUCUUCAACGUCGAUGGUGGUUGCCGCGCCGUCAAGUACAGCCGUGUCGGUGGUGUCAAGGCCGACAUCUAUCCUGAAGGAACCCACCUGAAGAUCCCAUGGGUUGAGACUCCCAUCGUCUACGACGUCCGCGCAAAGCCUCGCAACGUCGCCUCCCUCACCGGCACCAAGGAUUUGCAGAUGGUCAACAUUACCUGCCGUGUCCUGUCCAGACCCCGCGUCGAUGCCCUGCCUCAGAUCUACCGUACUCUUGGAACCGACUACGACGAGCGUGUCCUCCCCAGUAUCGUCAACGAGGUCCUCAAGAGUGUUGUUGCCCAGUUCAACGCCUCCCAGUUGAUCACCCAGAGAGAAAAUGUUUCGAGACUCGUCCGCGAUCACCUCGUGAAGCGCGCUGCCAGAUUCAACAUUAUGCUCGACGAUGUCUCAUUAACGCACCUCGCCUUCUCGCCCGAGUUCACCGCCGCAGUCGAAGCCAAGCAGGUCGCCCAACAAGAAGCCCAGCGUGCCGCCUUCGUCGUCGACAAGGCCCGCCAGGAGAAGCAAGCCAUGAUUGUCCGCGCCCAGGGUGAAGCCCGUUCCGCCGAGCUGAUUGGUGACGCCAUCAAGAAGAGCCGCAGUUACAUUGAGCUGCGUGAGUUUGAGAACGCCAGAAACGUGGCCUCCAUCCUGGAGAAGAGCAACAACAAGGUCUACCUCGACACCCAAGGUCUUGGUCUCAACGUCAACGCCCUCGGCCACGACAGAUCUUUGAACAAGUAA